AAUCAAUACCUCUUUGUACACAGUUCGAUCUAGACAGCUGUGAGAUCUAUAUAAGAAGAAAUUCUACCAUUCUUUGUAGUAAAACGUGACUAGAACUUUGCUAAGAUUUGUCAUACCAAAAAGACAACAAUCUGAUCAAAGAGGUUCAUGCACAUUUAAACCAAAGAAGGCAUUACUGUAUACGAUUUACAAAUGACCAGCACAGACAAUAACGCAGGUAACAGCGCAAUGGCUAACGAUUCAAGAGGAGGUGGAACUGGUGGUGGAGGGGGCGGAGCUACAGUCGCUAUAUCAGACGGUGGGCGGGCCCUGAUUGUUGACGAGGCGUACUUCGAGGAGCAGUUCCUCCGUUGCCAGGUGUGCAACGAACGUUUUGACCAAUCAGAGCGAAUGCCGAAGUCAUUGCCUUGCAACCAUACCUUCUGCCUGCCUUGCCUCACACAGAUCUUCGAUCAUGCUCAGCCACCAAAUAGACGAACCCUUCUAUGGGCUGACGAGACGCUGGACGGAGCACUCAAAUGUCCCACUUGUAGAGUUGAAAUAUUCCUGGCCCGGAUCAAGAUCAAAGAACUUCCCAACGAUCACAGAGUUGUACAAAUGAUUGACUUCUUGUCCCAAGCCGUCGCAAAAUCACACAACGUAUGCUCAAAACACGAACGUCAGCCUUUGAACUUUUUCUGCAAGAAGUGCCUCGUGCCUGUUUGUCGAGAUUGCACUGUCUUAGACCACAAAGAAACUGAAGGUCAUAAUAUUACGGAUGUUUCAGAAGCCUUGAACGACAAUUCAGCACAGUUCACGGAGAUUGAAAACAACAGCAGACUGACACUUGAGAAGAUGAAAGCUAGGUCAGAUGCGCUCGCAAACGCCUCAAAGAGCUUGGACAUUUUGGAUCGUCGACUAAAGAGCGAAAUUAAAGAGACAUUUAUAGAGUAUCGCCUUCUUCUCGAAAAACGCCAAGAGGCUCUCACUUCUAUGGUGCACCAAAUUGUGAAAGAUCAAAAAGCGCUCAUCAACACUCGCUUCGUUGAGGUCUGCGAACAUGGUACGCAACUACAAAAACUUUACGACGAGUUUAAGGCUUCUAAAAACAGCAACGACAUUCGAAAGCUAUUCACCAUCAAUCAGGAAAUGAAAGACCACGAAGCGAAGUUCACAGAAGUGGCGUCACAAGAGGACACAGAACUGUUUCAGUCAUGUGAAUUCGAGGCUCAGAACGAUUGUGCCUUUCUCACCGACAUGAGCAGUCUGGGGGAAGUAAGGCAGAAGGCGGAUCCUGGCCUCAAGGAACCGGUGAGUGCUCAUCAGUUGGUCUAUCUUGACAUGGAGGAACAGAGGGAGAGACAGAGGCGGAUCGACAAUCAAAUAGGAAACUACGGGGACUGUGAUGAAGCGUUCGUGCGGGGAGCGAACAUUGAGGCUGGGGGCUUUGACCACCAUCACUACGAGGACAGUGACGAGGCAGGCGAGGCAGGCGAGGCAGACGACCCGCGGGGCGACAUCCCUCACCUGGAAGUCUCCCGCCUCAUCUCUCGGUACAUGCGCGAGGUGCACCUCCACGAGGACAUGGAGGGCCACGAGGGCGCCACGGGAUCUAGGAACCGGCGGAGCUACGACGCGACCCCCAGGCGCGGUCGUCGGAACAGGGACACCAACAGCUCACAGGUGUCCAGUUCAUUAGCAAUGCAGUCCCCCUCAGAUUUUCUGAGGGCCGCCAGAGCAGCAGAAGUAGGAAACGGAAGUAGUUCUUCUUCUUCUAGCGGAUAUCCCCGGCCAGGCAGUCGGAGCAGAAGUGGUGCGUCCACCAAUUACAGGGUGGUACGUCAUCAGAAUGCCAUGCGGCAGCAGGGAGGCCAUUCCCCGGAAGAUUCAAACUGAACAAGUCUCUGUCCACCAACGAUACACACACGCACAUCAGAAUACAAUUGAAAUAUCGAUGGAUUUACGCUAUACUGAGUGAAUGUUUGAUUGUGAACUUGCAGUGCAUGCAAAUGCUAGCUUGCAGCUUACAAUUACAGUGAAGUGUGACCUCUGCAUUUCGCCAGAAACAGACAAUAAAAAAACCCAUAAACAUUCUACUGAAGCAGGAGAAGCAGACUACACAAGGGUGCCAACCAACCACCUGCACUAUUAUCAACACACCACGAUGACGUCAGAAACUUCAAAAUGGACGAAUUUCGAAUGUCGACCAGUCAGAAUCAUGUCACAAGAUCCAAGCCGGGCACUGGGCACAUAAGCAAUAUAUUAUUAUACACAAUCCACGACUCCCGUCCCAACAUAACAAUAACACUGAAGCAGAGAAGUUGUAUACUGCAGCCAGUUUGCCAAAAUGUAUGCUCACUCAUUGUCGAGCAACUGACGAUAUGAUAUGUAUACAUGACACAGUGCUCAACUCAAACCGAAAAAGUGUUGGUGUAAGAAUACAAUUACUUUACUUUGUAUGCCAAAUUAAUGCUGUAUCAACUGACAAUGUCUCGCGGAUGUCGGAUAUUUCAGACUGGACAAUUAUUUACGAACGAAUAAUGAAAAAACAAUUUACCUAUCUCCCUGUCACGAAUCACAAUAUUAAUCUAUUGAUUCUGGAAACAGAUCAGACAUAAAAAAUUAAGAGGAAUUUAAGAAAAUUUCAGUGUGAUAUGAGAUUUUUAAAUAUUUAAAUUGAUAAUGUUACAUCGGCACAACUAGUGCUGUCAUCUGAUAUCUAGAUCUAUGUUAGUUUGAAGAUUCAAAUAGAUUCAUUUUCCUCAGUAUGAGAAUGUUAUUUUCUUUAUGCCCUUGCUCAACCUGUGUUUGUGCUUUGCCAAUGGACAGUAGAUAUUUAAAACCGGCCUAAUUUUUGCAUUCUAAGAGAUAAUAAUUUAUCAAAGCCCCAGCACGUGCCAAGCUGGUGCUGUGCCAGUCAGCAAUAAGAAUAAGAUGCAUAUUUACUAUUGUACUUAAUAUACAGCUUAAGUAGGUAAAGUAGGCAUGAGUCCAUGAAAUCAUAUAAGAAGAUCAUGUGGUGAGCAGAAUGUCCCGAUUCCAAUCUCCAAAUUUAUAGUUGUUCAGUAGGGGAAAAAAAGUAAAAAUUGUUUGAACAGAAGAAUGCCAACACAUUGUCGGCUUCAAAAUGCCAUGAUUACAAAGCUAUCCCAACUGCAAAAACAUAAGAAAGGUAAUAAAGAUAAGGAAGCAAAAAUCACCAGACCUGGGUUUGUUUCUUAUCUUACUCAUACCUGUACUACGUAAUCUACACAAUCUUAUUCUAACCUUUCAGAACAGUAGGCUAUAUCAUGACUAUAUCAUUAUUUCUAAGCAGCUCGCGGGAAAGAAACUUUUGUCAAAGGGCAUUCUUUAGAGUGGAAACCGUCCACCUAUGCAUACUACAGCUACUAUAAAUGUUAUAUUCCAGGCACUUGUUAUAUUUGCUCAUUGUCUCAAGUUCUCUGAUACUCCAAGCAAUUGGUAUAUGUAGGCUACAACUGUUAACUGUUAACUGAUAAAUGCAUGAUGAUGUGUAAAAGUUUGGGUUUUUUUGGUGAGUUGAAAAAAGGGAAUGUGCCUGCAACACCAAUUACUCAAAAUCAAAAUAAAUUAGAGUGCCAGGAAAAUAAUGUAAGGUAUUAAAAAUGUAAUGCGUGGAAUAACACUGGAAUGGACUGCUUUUAUGUUGGAUGAUUGGGGGGGGGGGGAGUGACUCUUUCAUUCUUUUCAACACAACACUGUUAGAGACAGAUCUAAGAUAAAUGCAUAACAUGGCCACAGAAAGAGAGAGAGAGAGAGAGAGAGAGAGAGGGAGAGAGAGAGAGAGAGAGAGAGAGAGAGAGAGAGAGAGAGAGAGAGAGAGAGAGAGAGAGAGAGAGAGAGAGAGAGAGACUAUAAACUGGCCUCUAUGUGUGCUUUUUGUAGGCAUUAUUGCCAAUGCUAGUCACAUGCACACAAUCAAAGUAUUUGUCCUUGAGAAAGGACUCAAGACACAAGAGGGGCAUUUCAAAAUACCGUUUCAUUUUGUUUUGUCAUUAAAUUCUUUCGUAGUUUCUUUUGGAAAAAUAACAAGAGUCCAAGUCACCGUUCUGAUUUGGGUGCUCUUAUUUUUACUUAAAUAUUUUCAAAAAAUUAUUUUAAAAUGGCUUGGGCAUUUGUGGAAAGAAACAGACAAUAUGUAGAUGUAGUAUACAAUAGCUGAGACAAAACUGUGAUGCAUUCAAAAACAUUAAGAAGAAAAGCCUAAAUCUGAUUUUUUUUAAAAUCAACAAGAAAUGGGGUAAAUCACUUUGGGACACAGUUCAACAAUCACUUUCAAUUUGCCACAAAAGAACUCCCCCUACAAUUAAAGAAAGAACAACUCUCUUGUUUCUUUCCUUGCAUCUUGCCAUGCUUUUUUCUGUUCUCAACCCUUGUCUCUAUGAGUCUAUGUACGAUUUUGUCAGUAUUAUAAUUUCAUGACCUGACAAAAUGAAAUACACAUGAACAGACAUUUCUUGAACUGUGAUUCCUGUAAGUUUAUGAACUUGUGUGUUUCAUCGCAAUAGCUGCCAACAGACUUUUUCUCAUUGAUUGAGGAAUGGACAAUCUUCCUCUGAGCACAUCCGGUACUGUGUUGCCUGGUUCUUUGCUCUUGUGACUGUGACUUAUCAAACACAAGUUUAACUACGCCUCAGCUGGAACUGUAUUUUAAUUUACUGUUAUGUCUGUUUUUACUUAUUGAUUUAUGAAAAUGAUUCUGCGCUAAUAAACUUUCAACAUGCUAGAAG